AUGUCUCCUCCCGGUAUGCUCGCCGUGACGAUGCAGCCCAAGCCUGAGCUGCUUGAGGCGCAAUUCCAUGAAUGGUACAACAACGAACACGGUCCGACCCGUCUGCGUCUGCCUCAGAUCUUCACCAAUGGGCUCCGGUACCGACAGAUUGACGGCAAGGAGCCGACUUAUCUCGCCGCCUACGAUGUGACUGCCAUGUCGCAACUCGAAACCGAGACAUACUUGACGCUCCGAGCCAACCGAUCCCCGCGCGAAGCAGAAACCAUUGGCCAGGUUGCCGUCGUCAGAUAUUUUUGGGACUUUGUCACAGAGAAGAAGUCCCCUCUCUUCCUCCCGAUCGAGAAGCUGUCCAACGACGAAGCCGAGGGACUGACAUUGGUCGUCGUGCAGAUCGAGCUCAAGGGCGAUCAAGCAAAGUCAGAGGCAGAGGUCGUCAAGUGGUAUGAGGAAGAGCACAUUGAUAUGUUGUCCAAGGUCCCCGGCUGGUUGCGCACGCGCAUGUUCCGGACCUCGACUCUCGAGUCCGGCGGUUCCACGUACAUUUGGGCCCUUCACGACUACACAAAGGAGAAUGGUCUGAAUGGCCCAGAAUUCAAGGCAGCCACUUCUACGCCUUGGAAAGAGGAGGUCAUGGAGAAAUAUGCAAACAUCAAGGACCGCCGGGUCUUCUCAUUGUUCUACGUCUUUGGACCUGCGCCUAGGGAUCUUUCGUCCCUGUCUCAGUUGCCCGCUGAGAGUUCCACGUUCACGUCGGCCGAUGCCAAGACAGCAACAACCAACAAGCCAAAGCCAGUUAUAGCUUCCUACAUUACCGCACCCGAUGGUCUGUCGAUACCCUAUAGGCUCGAGGGUAACCCGGAUCCCAAGGCCCCAGUCAUUGCCUUUUGCAAUUCAUUGCUCACGUCGUUGCACAUGUGGGACAAGUUCGUGGAGCUUCUCAAGGUGCAUAGACCACAGUACCAGAUCCUCCGCUACGACACCAGAGGUCGGCAUUCCAUCCCAUCGCCGACUCCGGUGACGCUGGAUAAGGUCUCUGAUGACCUGAGCUAUAUUCUGGAGGCUCUCCGCCUGCCUAAGCUAGACACCUUGAUCGGUGUAUCAAUGGGCGGUGCUACGACACUCAAGUUUGCGCUCAAGUACCCCGAACUGCUGAACAAGUUCAUUGCAUGCGACUUCAACGUCGCAUCAAGUGCUGCCAACACGGAGGCCUGGAAGGGUCGUAUCUCGAUUGCGGAGACCCCCCUCGAGGAUGGAAAGCCUGGCAUUACCCAGCUGGCAGGUCAGACCGUCGAGCGCUGGUUCCACCCAGAAUCGAUGAAGAAGCCCGAGACAGUUCAGUGGUUGACCGAGCAAGUUGCUACCAACGACAUUGAAGGCUUCCGCUAUGGAUGCCAGGCACUUUGGGACUACAAUAUGAAGGCCGACAUGAAGGGAUGCAAGGUCCCUGGUUUGUUCGUCGUUGGAGAGGGCGACGCCAAGGGUGCCCUGGUGAAGGCCAUGGAUGGCUUCAAGGGUGAGUUGGGCGCCACGGGUGCCGAGCUGGCCAUUGUCCCCAAUGCGGGACAUCUGCCCAUGUGUGAAAACCCCGAGGGUUUCUGGAAAGCCGUCGAGACGUAUAUCUAA